AUGAUCUACAGGUUCAUUUUGUUUCUUACUGCUCUAUACAAAUUACCAUCAAAAAGUGGAACAGUAUGGCGCGGUGUUCGAGGUAUUGAUUUAAGUUCAAAAUAUAAAAAUGGUUUAAAAUUUGCUUGGUGGGGAGUAAGUUCUUGUACUACUCAUAUUGAAGUACUUGAAUCUGAGCAAUUUUUGGGUAAACAUGGACAACGUACGCUGUUUUCAAUUGAAUGUAUGAAUGGCAAAUCUGUUGCAGCACAUUCAUAUUUUAAACAUGCAGAGAAAGAAAUUAUUCUUAUGCCAGGUUCAUAUUUCGAAGUGAUUGGUCAAUUAAAUCCUGCACCUGAACUUCAUAUUAUUCAAUUAAAGGAAAUUACGCCACCUAUUACACUUGUUAAGCCGCCGUUUUCCAAUUCGAACGAAUUGAAGUCUCCUUCUGUCGUUCAUAAACCAAAUACAUAUUUUCCAUCAAAAUCAACGAUGAUGCCUCGAACGACAUUUUUAGAAAGUUUUUCAAAAGAAACACCAUCGAUUAUCUCAGGUAUGAAUAAUUUAUAUUUGUCAUUUUAUUUUUUUCCUCCAAAUAAAGAAUCAUCUCUUUGAUCUAUCAAGUGGAUAACUUAAGUUGAAGUUGAAUAAGCUUUCGAUAGAUCAGUCUUGAUUAUAUUUUACAUGAAAGAUAUAAAAUGAAGAGUUUUCUUUGGAAAGAAUAUUAUAUGAAGUUAAAUCUAUCGUUUGUCCAAGAUAGAUCAUCGCGAAUGAUCAAAUAAUCAUGCUAUAAACAUACAAUUCGAAAUGAUUGAUCCCUGCCAUGCUUCAAUCUUUUCCAAUUUUCACCCAACCAUAUCUUUAAUUUAUAAUUUCUAGUAUGUUCGAAUUUCAGUCAACUAUAGUUGAAAUAUAAUUUGACAUGUUAGAGUUCUAAUACACUUAGAUGGAAAUUGAAUCGAUAUAAAGUCGUCAUUUUUCUAUUGUUCACUCAAUGUUUCUUCACAAAUCUCAUUCAACAAUUCGAAAAAUAAUAGUUCUAGUUUCGUACAACUGCAAUAUAAUUCAAAAUAAACAGAAUGUGUAUCUAUAAAUUAAAGAUAUGGUUGGGUG